GUCCGCUUAAUAAUCACAUUUCCUUGUGAUAUGUGCUCAUUGUUUAUGUGAUGUGAGUUCGUUCAUGUUGAAUGUUUGAUGCUACCAAUGCAAUGCAAUUGCAAUUGCAGAAACCCUAGAAUUGGAAUCAAAUCCCUCUUUCGUUCAUUGUGCUAUCACUGAAAAGUGAAAACAAUGAAGAAGAAGAAAGUACCUGACUGGCUCAACAGCUCCCUCUGGUCUUCUCCCCAUCCUCCUCCUCCGCCUCCGCCUCCUCCCUUCUUUUCCUCUGCUACCGUUGACCUCCCAAUCGAACAACACACCUCUGCUGUAUCAUCCGCCUCCCCAUCGCAACCACCAUCCCCUCCGGCCACCGUGGAUGAUCCUCCCGAGCCACAGAGGAUCCAACAUUCACGUCCUAAGAAUCACACUCACACUUCCACUGAUGCAACGUUCUCUUCUUCCCCUUCCGCCGAUGACAUCUCUCGCCAGGCCGAGUUGUUGGCUGAGUUAUCGAAGAAGGUGAUAGAUAUGAGGGAAUUGCGAAGGCUCGCGUGUCAAGGUCUUCCUGAUGGUGCUGGGAUACGUUCUACUGUCUGGAAGCUUUUGCUUGGAUAUCUUCCUCCAGAUCGUGGGCUCUGGUCAGCUGAAUUAGCAAAGAAGAGGUCCCAGUACAAACAUUUUAAAGAUGAUAUUCUCGUGAAUCCUUCAGAAAUCACAAGGAGGAUGUACAACUCAACAAGUUCUGAUGCUGAUGAUGCCAAAGUUGAGAGUAGAACCUUGCUCUCUAGAUCAGAAAUCACUCAUGGGGAGCAUCCAUUGAGUCUUGGAGAGACCAGUGUAUGGAAUCAGUUCUUCCAGGAUACGGAAAUCAUAGAUCAGAUUGAUCGAGAUGUAAAGCGCACACAUCCUGACAUGCACUUUUUCUGUAGUGAGUCUCAGUUUGCAAAAUCCAAUCAGGAGGCUUUAAAGAACAUAUUAAUUAUCUUUGCAAAGUUAAACCCAGGUGUAAGAUAUGUUCAAGGGAUGAAUGAGCUAUUGGCUCCUCUCUACUAUGUGUUCAAAAAUGACCCUGAUGAGGAAAAUGCAGCCUUUGCUGAAGCGGACUCAUUCUUCUGUUUUGUUGAAUUAUUGAGUGGCUUCCGAGAUAACUUCGUUAAACAACUUGACAACAGUGUUGUCGGCAUCCGUUCCACUAUUACAAGAUUAUCCCAGCUUCUGAAAGAACAUGAUGAAGAGCUGUGGCGCCAUCUUGAGAUCACUUGUAAAGUCAAUCCCCAAUUCUAUGCAUUUAGAUGGAUUACUCUCCUGUUGACUCAAGAAUUCAAUUUUGCUGACAGCCUUCACAUUUGGGACACACUUCUAAGUGAUCCAGAGGGCCCACAGGAGACCCUGAUGCGGAUAUGCUGCGCAAUGCUAAUUCUGGUUCGCAAGCGCCUCCUGGCGGGUGAUUUCACUUCGAAUCUGAAGUUGCUGCAAAAUUAUCCCUCAACAAACAUUAGUCAUUUGCUUUAUGUUGCUAACAAGUUUCGUGUAUAAUUAUUAGUCUAAUGCUUCUCCCUCGCCUCAUUGUUUGAAUUUUGCUUUUGUCUCUUGGCUUAGGAAUGAAAUUCGAUAAAAUCUAUUGAACUGUUUUGAAAGUUCAUCAACUUGAGCUAUUGAGAAUGAUGAAACACGGCUAUAUUCCAUUA